AAACCGAAGUAAACGGAGAAGUUCAUGGAGAACAGCUCGUGGUCAACAUGGCUUCCAUUUACAAUAUGGUUGCCGAUGUCUACACAACAGUUCUUCAUCACUCAGACCACAGGAGUGACGAAUGGUUCCUGAUGGGUUCACCUUGGCCUGUGCUCUUUAUCGGAAUUUCAUACCUGUAUUUCGUGAAGAGCCUUGGUCCCUGCUUGAUGAAGAACAGACCUGCCUUCAACCUGGACCGAACCAUUCGGAUGUAUAAUCUAGUGCAAAUAAUCCUGUGCGCCUUUCUGUUCAAAAUGUUGUAUGAUCUGGAAUGGGGAAGGAAGUACCGCAUUUUCUGCGAGCCGCUAGAUUAUACCUCACCACGUGGAUUGCACGCGGCCAAGUUGAUGUAUAUGUACUUCUUACUGAAAGUCUUCGAUCUCUGUGACACGGUGUUUUUCGUCUUACGGAAGAAAAGCAACCAAGUGACUUUUCUGCACGUGUAUCACCAUAUCAUGAUGCUGUUCACUGUGUGGGCUGCAACGAAAUUCGUACCAGGCGGGCACGGAGAGAUGGUGGUAUAUGUGAACUCUUUCGUCCACGUUGUAAUGUAUUCCUACUACUUCAUGACAUCAAUGUGGCCUCAGUACAGGAAUAACCUUUGGUGGAAGAAAUAUAUCACCCAACUUCAAAUGAUUCAGUUUGUGUUUAUUGGACUUCAUGCCUAUUCUGCAUUACUCAUUAAAGACUGUAUCUACUCAAGAAUAAUGGCCACGGUAACAGGCACUCAAAGUUUACUUGUUUUUAUUAUGUUUUACAAUUUUUAUAGGAAAUCAUAUUUAAGGAGAAAGGUUAUGUGAUGGCUUUUCCUUGCAACUUUGUCCUUUUCAUGGAAUAAUAAACAUUUUGCUCUAUCUGACACCUAAA